UCUGACCGCGGAUUUACUGACUUACAUGGAUUAGCACCAAGUCUGUGGAGGAAAACCCUGCAUUUCCACUAGGAUUCAUGUUUCGACCAUGAGGAUACCUGCGCAUGGAAAUGGAUCAGUGAGCGCUGUAGGAUACACUGGUUAGAAAGUACAGUGAAGUAGCAGAUACUUCACCGCAUCAGUAACAUACAGUGUCCAUAUCUAAGAAUCCAGGAGCUAUGCAGAGAGCCUGUGCCUGGAUUGUCAGAGUUUCUGUGCUGCUGCUGUUGCUUUGGUCAGACCCCCUGGACUGCCAACACACAACAGACCACAGGAAGGUUCCUCAGAGGGCAGAGCCCCAACAGGAGUUCAGAGCAGAGCAUAGAGAAAUUCAGGGCUCCUGGGGUGCCUGGGGGUCCUGGUCAACCUGCUCCCGGAGCUGUGGAAGAGGGGUACAAGAGCAGAGCAGGCCCUGCCUGCCUGUCUACACUCCAUCCCAGUACCCCUCGAGAAGAGCUGGAGGUCAUCCCCGGCAACCAGGCCAUGUCAUCUCAGCCCUGCAGCCAACAGUUCCUCUGCACCGCAACACAGGCAGACCUUCCAACGGCAGCAGUCGCAGUGAGCUGAGGAAAGAGACUCGGCCAGGUGGACGAAGCAGGGCCAGUCACAUCAUCCCAGGGAGGUAUGGCUAUGGGAGAGCUCCUUAUGUUGCUCCGCUGCAGACAGACACAGGCCAGGGCUCUGGGACAAGUCGCCCUCAGAGACAAAGACGCUCUGUGGCUUCUGAUGCCCUCCACCCCACCGUUAGAGGCCACGGUGGUCACAGGACAAACAACCUGGACCCCUCUAACAACCUCCAUCAAUACAGCAGACCCUACAUGCAGCCCAGGGCAAAGCAGCCCAGAAAUAAGCAGGUCUGGGCCCCCCUCUACCAGCCUGGUUCAGUCAUGCAGGGGGUGGAGCAGGAACUACAAUCAGGCAGUCAGACCCCUGGGCCCCAGCAGCACCUGGAGAGACCUUAUAACCCUUUACCAACUUCCUUCUGUACAGGGGAGCACGCUAACUACAGGGUCUGCAACAGUAAUGCCUGUCCUCCAUCCAGCAGACAUAUCAAGGCGGUUCAGUGUUCUUCUUACAACAACCAGCCUUUCAUGGGCAGACUGUACGAGUGGGAGCCUUUCAAUGAGGUUCCUGGGGAUCAGCACUGUGAACUCAACUGCCGGGCCAUAGGGUUCAGGUUCUACGUGCAGCAGUCAGACAGGGUGAUUGAUGGGACGCCAUGUGGUCCGAACGACACCUCUCUCUGUGUGGCGGGAAAGUGUACGGGUCUAGGCUGCGAUGAGUAUCUCGGAUCAGGAAAGGUGAUGGACAAGUGCGGCGUAUGUGGAGGUGACAACACAACCUGCAGGCUGGUCUCUGGAGUCUUCAAACACAGUUUGUCCAAGAUUGGCUAUCACAAGAUAGUGGAGAUCCCAGAGGGAGCCACCAAGAUCAACGUCACAGAGAUGGUGAAGAGCCGGAACUAUCUAGCUCUCCGAAGCCGAUCGGGGCGAUCCAUCAUUAAUGGAAACUGGGCUAUUGACCGACCAGGGAAGUACGAAGGAGGGGGGACCAUGUUCACCUACCGCCGACCCAACGAAAUCAGUAGCACAGCUGGGGAGUCCUUCCUCGCUGAAGGGCCCACCAAUGAGAUCCUGGAGGUUUAUAUGAUCUUCCAGCAGCCAAACCCUGGUGUUCAUUAUGAGUACAUUCUCCCCUCUGAGAAACCAGUUGGUCCUCAGCAACCAAACCACAGACCAGAAGGGAACACUGUGAAUGGCCAGGGUGGAUACGAACAUCACAGCAACACUCACCAGGAAAACUUCAAUCCAGCAGGUGGAGGGAGGUACCCUUCUCGUCUCCCCGACAACCAGGUACCCGCCGUACAGCCACCCAGACGUGAGAGAGAGUACAACUGGAAACUGUCUGGUGCUACAGAGUGCAGCGCCUCCUGUGGUAAAGGAUUCAGAUAUUCCGUCUUUCAUUGUGUCCACCGGAUGAACCACAUCCAGGUUUCGGAUGCUCUCUGUGACAGCAGCAGCAGGCCGAGUCCGCAGGAAGAGGCCUGCAACCUGCAGCCCUGUCCAGCAUUCUGGGAUAUUGGAGAGUGGUCUGAAUGCAGCAAGACCUGCGGCCUGGGCAUGCAGCACCGGCAGGUCCUGUGUCGCCAGGUUUACGCCAACCGCACCCUCAAUGUCCACACGAGCCGCUGCCGACACCUGGAGCGGCCCGAAACGGCCAGUACCUGCCAGCUGAAGAUCUGCAGCGAGUGGCAGAUCCGCUCCGAGUGGACCGCUUGCUCUGUGCCAUGUGGGCUGGGUCAGAGGUCACGAGAGGUACGCUGUGUCAGCAACGUGGGUGACUUUGUUCCUGAUGAGGAGUGCAACAUGAAUCUGCGGCCUGUUGAUGUAGAGAACUGUGACAUGGGAGCCUGUGCCAAGAGCUGGUUUUACUCUGAGUGGGGCAACAGGUGCUCUGCUGAAUGUGGGAUGGGUGUACGGACCAGGGGAGUCCUCUGUCUGACCAACCAGAUCAGUAGCCUUCCUCUGGAGGGGUGUGGCAGCGAACGGCCCGCGGAUUCCCAGGUCUGCAACAACGGCCCAUGUGAGAAUCGUAUAGAGUGGUUCACAGGUCCCUGGAGCCAGUGCUCUGCGGAGUGUGGCCCAGGCAGCCAGCAGAGGUCAGUGGUGUGUCUGAUGAAGUCAGAUGAAGGAUUCACUGUCAUGCCACCGUACGAGUGCUCCUCCCUGGAGCGGCCCCUCGGCCAGCAGAGCUGCAACCUUAAGGCCUGUGGAGCAAAGUGGUACCACACUGACUGGAGUGCUUGUUCAAAAACAUGUGAGGGAGGUUUCCGAUUGCGGGAGGUGCGCUGCCUGUCUGAUGACAUGCUGUCCAGCGAGGACUGUGAUGAGCUGCUGAAACCAGCAGAGAGGGAAGUCUGCAACCCAGAGCCCUGCAUACCCCACAUAGAUGAGAACUGUAGGGACAAGUACUUCAACUGUAACGUGGUGGUCCAGGCUCGCCUCUGUGUGUACGAUUACUACAAGACGACGUGCUGCGCUUCGUGCUCACGAGUGGCCCACAGACAGUCGGUUAAUCGGGGCCGCAGCUAGCACUUUCUGCCAGGGGUCCCUCAGCUCCGUGUCGGGCUAGACUCAGUACCCGCUACAGGCACUCUGGUCCUAUGCCAGCCAGGGGUGAAGACUGGCUGGACCCUUGCCUAAAAUGGACAUUUGUUUUGUUUGCCAAGGAUGGAAACUAAAGAAGGAACAUUUCUGCUGGCUCAUUUGGAGACAGCUGUUGGGAGAAAGGCAUACCUAAGAAUAGUGGAGGACAGAAAUCCAAUCACUGGAUAAACAGAGCCCUGGUGGGGUGAGAGAGAUCAGUUUCAACAUGAGGAACCUACAAAACACUUUAUGGAUUUUAACCACAACUAUCUAAUAAUUCUUUUUUGUUUCAUGGAAAGCAGUUUGCAGCUGUCUUUUUUCAAAAAUGGCUCUUGAAGCGGAUUACCUAUAAAGAGCAGCGCACCUGUAAACUGUUUAACGUGGACUAUGUAUUGACUGUAUAUGCUCUAAUACGGCUCUUUACUCUGCAAUGCUCAGAUUUAUGGCAUGAUGUCAUAUGAAGUUGGUCCUGUCUCACCUAUAAUCAACUAUUUAACGGCAACUUUGUUGACCAAAGAUAUGUAACCUCAUUAAACUGAAGACAGAGACAGAUUAACACCUUUUUCCUAAGAAACAAAUACUGUGCAUCAAACUUCCUGUGGUGCUGAUGGUGUAUACUUCACACAGAAUGAAUUUACAAGGAAAAUACCAGAAUUUAAAUUCUUCAUGGCCUUGUGGGCUUUCUGAUUGCCUAAGCAAUCCACAGAUCACUUUUUUCUUCCUGCACAGCCAUGAGGUGUAAAUGCAGCCUUUGUAAUAUGUUUGUAUAUAUGUAUGUAUGACAAAGUGAAUGAUAAAGAUCUUUUUUAGGGGUUCUCAGACAGUUCUCCCAGCAACUGAAGAGAUAGAAAAGCCCUCUUUAUUUAUUUACAUGGUUCCCCAGGGAGGACACUGGUUUAUCAGCCACCGGUGGCCCCUUUUUAGCUGCGGGGAUAAAACCUUCGUUGGCUCUGUCCACCAAUCACAGCCUCUGAACUGAAUGUAGACAUUCCACAGCCCAUUGGAUGGUAGAAGCAGAUGGUCAAAAACCCUAAUGUAAUUUUGGAGAGGUGAAAACUGUGUGUGUGUAUACAUAUACAGAUACAUACAAAGAUAAAUGAUGGAGGUAUUUUACAACUGUUGACCCAGUACAGAAAAUGGGAGGUUUACAUUAAUAGUAAAUUCUUGUUUAUGAACAAUCCUUUUCUGCCAAAUCGCCUGUUCUUGAGUUCUAUACAAACCUUACAAACAGUGCCUCUCAAAUGUUCUACUUUUGUUGUAUUAUAGCUGUUAUCAGUUCCAUCCAAGCACUAUAAACUUACCUCUGAUCCAUAAGUACUGUAUAUGUAUCAAUGUUUAAGUUCUUGACUCAAGUAUGCAAUUAAUUCAGUCUCUAAGGGAAACUACCAUUCUGAAUGUACUAGCAUGAUGGCAUGACUCUUGAUUUUCCUAAAAACAAUCAAGAGUGGGACUAAAAUACCAGAAGCUUUCAGUAUUCAACAUGACUGCAACAAC